AUGGGAGUGAGUAGAUCCUUCCAAAGGGUGAUCUUUUUGAUGAGACUUAAUUCUUCUCUACCCAAACCCAAAUCCCUUGUGGGAACAUCAGCCAUUUUACAAGGAAAUUUUUGGAAUAAGACUUGGAAGGAACUAUGCAGAUACUAUAACAAGCAUUCUUAUUAUGAAUUACUAGGUGAAACGAAAGGUGGCAGCUUUACAAAAGGCGGCAGCUUCACGAAAGGAGGCAGCUUCACGAAAGGUGGUGGCUUCACGAAAGGUGGCGGCUUCACGAGUAGUUCGUCAGAAUUUAUGAAAGGUCAUGCCAGUUACGGGCUCAAAGGAGGAAGUAGUGAUGCAGCUGAAGAAAGUGUUUUCAUGCAGACAAAGCAUCAAGUAUAUGAUCAGGGUAAUGACAUGUCACAGACACACCUUUCACAAGAACACACCGGUGUGAAGGGGGCUGCACUUUGUCGUAAAGGACAAAUAUCCCAACUAAAAUCCCAAGAAUCCCAAGUGAAAUCUUAUGGACAAGUGAAAUCCCAUGAAUCGCAACUGAAAUCAUCGUAUGGCCAACUAAAAUCCCAAGAUGCCCAAGUGAAAUCCUAUGGACAAGUAAAAUCCUAUGGACAAGUGAAAUCCCAUGAAUCACAACUGAAAUCAUCGUAUGGCCAACUAAAAUCCCAAGAUGCCCAAGUGAAAUCCUAUGGACAAGUGAAAUCUCAUGAAUCACAACUGAAAUCAUCGUAUGGCCAACUAAAAUCCCAAGAUGCCCAACUUAAAUCCUAUGGUCAGCUAAAAUCCCAAGAUGCCCAAGUGAAAUCCUAUGGUCAGCUAAGAUCCCAAGAUGCCCAAGUGAAAUCCUAUGGUCAGCUAAAAUCCCAAGAUGCCCAAGUGAAAUCCUAUGGUCAGCUAAAAACCCAAGAUGUCCAACUGAAAUCCUAUGGUCAGCUAAAAUCCCAAGACGCCCAAGUGAAAUCCUAUGGUCAGCUAACAUCCCAAGAUGCCCAAGUGAAAUCCUAUGGUCAGCUAAAAUCCCAAGAUGCCCAAGUGAAAUCCUAUGGUCAGCUAAAAUCCCAAGACGCCCAAGUGAAAUCCUAUGGUCAACUAAAAUCCCAAGACGCCCAAGUGAAAUCCUAUGGUCAGCUAAAAUCCCAAGACGCCCAAGUGAAAUCCUAUGGUCAACUAAAAUCCCAAGAUGUCCAACUGAAAUCCUAUGGUCAGAUAAAAUCCCAAGAUGCCCAAGUGAAAUCCUAUGGUCAGCUAAAAUCCCAAGACGCCCAAGUAAAAUCCUAUGGUCAGCUAAAAUCCCAAGAUGCCCAAGUGAAAUCCUAUGGUCAGCUAAAAUCCCAAGAUGCCCAAGUGAAAUCCUAUGGUCUGCUAAGAUCCCAAGAUGCCCAAGUGAAAUCCUAUGGUCAACUAAAAUCCCAAGAUGCCCAAGUGAAAUCCUAUGGUCAGCUAAAAUCCCAAGAUGCCCAAGUGAAAUCCUAUGGUCAACUAAAAUCCCAAGAUGCCCAAGUGAAAUCCUAUGGUCAGCUAAAAUCCCAAGACGCCCAAGUGAAAUCCUAUGGUCUGCUAAGAUCCCAAGAUGCCCAAGUGAAAUCCUAUGGUCAGCUAAGAUCCCAAGAUGCCCAAGUGAAAUCCUAUGGUCAGCUAAAAUCCCAAGAUGCCCAAGUGAAAUCCUAUGGUCAGCUAAAAUCCCAAGAUGCCCAACUGAAAUCCUCUGGCCAACAAAAAUCUCUGAAAGGUUUCUCUCAACAAACUCAGAAUAAAGGAUUUGCUAUGAAUGAGGAACUAUCACAAGUGCGUAAACAGUAUGAUGAAGAUGAUGACCAGUCUGUGCAACAAAAGUCUAGCCAACAGGUAAAAACAGAGGAAGACUUGUCCCAGUUUGGACAACAACGCCAAUUUGGACAAGAACGCUCACAAUCCUAUAAAGGAUAUCUUGAACAAUACAAAAAGAAAUCACAAGACCACUAUCAACAAAGAAGAGAUUUUAAUCAAGAUAGCUAUUUUACAAAGGGAGGGGCAGGACUAUAUCAAGCUCAGCUUAAAGGAUAAUAUAAUCAUGGACCAACUAAAGACCAAGAUCGAUAUCAAGGACUCACCUCACCAGAGUCAAGUCUAUGCUACCUUCCAGAUGCCUCCCACAAUGGGGUCCCAGAUCUCUGGUUCAUGGACAGCCUCUACUCACAUUCGCUUUUCUGUAGGACUUCUAACACCAGAGCUUCCUCAAACACUUGAUUUCCAAUAAAAAUAUAACUUUCUGCAUUACUUGCUGUCGUUUACUGAGAUCUGAUUCCUACCAGUGUCUGGGUUUGGGAACA